UCCUGCCAGUGUCCAUCAGCGUCUGGCCUGAGGAUGGCUGAGCAGCAGGGCCUGGAGCCUGAGUGCCCUGUCUGCUGGAACCCCUUCAACAACACAUUCCACACCCCCAAAGUGCUGGACUGCUGCCACUCCUUCUGUGUGGAAUGCCUGGCCCACCUCAGCCUGGUGACUCCGGCCCGGCGCCGGUUGCUGUGCCCGCUCUGUCGCCAGCCCACGGUGCUGGCCUCCGGACAGCCUGUCACUGACUUGCCCACGGAUACUGCCGUGCUCACCCUGCUCCGCCUGGAGCCCCACCACGUCAUCCUGGAAGGCCGCCAGCUCUGUCUCAAGGACCAGCCCAAGAGCCGCUACUUCCUGCGCCAGCCCCGGGUCUACACGCUGGACCUGGGCCCCGAGCCCGGGAGCCACACUGGGCCCCCGCAGGACGUGGCCCCUAUCGCCACGCCUAUGCCCAUCCCCAUCCCCAGCCACUACUCUCUGAGGGAGUGUUUCCGCAACCCGCAGUUCCGGAUCUUCGCCUACCUGAUGGCUGUCAUCCUCAGCGUGACUCUCUUACUCAUCUUCUCCAUCUUUUGGACCAAGCAGUUUUUUUGGGGUGUGGGGUGAGUGUCUGUUCCAGACAAAGAACCAAGUCUUUCUUGGCUGCUGCUGGGUAUGGGGACUGCAGAGCCUCAUUUGGGGUCGUCUUCCUUCGUAGUAUUGUUCUUUUUCACAAUCCAGGGGUCAGCUAGCCUGUGCAUCUGCUUCUGGGAAUGGAGGGAGUCCUAUUAGGAUGAGAACCUCUGAAGGCUAACGGGCUGCAAAAAGAUACGAAGAGAUCUCUGGGUGUGAACCAUGGGUCAAGAAGGGCAGAGAAGCAGAUCUGUGAUUACAAAGCUAUGUAGCAAGUUGUGCCAAAGGGCUGGGCCAUGGUAUCCAGGAACCUGAUCAGCCCAAACAGCAAGUUGCAUUUCUUACUGGAGCUGCUUGGAACUCGGUUCACAUUUUUUUGAGUUGCUCUUUUUACUAUUUGUUGCUAAAAAAUUUGGAAGGUGAACUUCAA